AUGUCCAAAAGGAGCCAACCAGACCACCCUGAAACGAAUCAUCCCACAACCAAGCGGGCAAAGGAAAUCGACGCCCACCCGCCAUAUGAAGAAUUGACUUCUCUGCUCGAUGGUCAAGAAUCUCCGGAGAAGACCAAAAGGGUAUUGCACUGGUUUCGUAGCAAGGACCUUCGCAUUCAUGACAAUCGGGCUUUGCACGCAGCGGCGCAAUUCGCAAAGGAGUCAAAGGCGCCCCUGCUAUGCACGUAUCUGAAUUGUCCAGCGGAGUUUAGUUGGCAUGGAACAUCGCCAGCCAGAACCGACUUCAUCUGCGAAAACCUCGCAUUGAUGCAGUCCGAGCUCAAGAAGCUCGAUAUUCCACUGGUCUUUCUUGAAGCCAGUGAACGCGACGACAUUGUCCCAACGAUUGUCAAAUUCAUCCGCGACAACAACAUUUCUCACGUGUUCGCCAACUAUGAGUACGAGGUCGACGAACUGCGUCGAGACGUCAGGUUCAUCAAACAGAUCGGGGCAGACAAGACGGUCAAAGUUACCAUGCACCACGAUCAAACUGUCAAGGAACCCGGUACUCUACUCAAUGAAAGCGGAAAACCAAUGAAAGUCUUCACACCCUAUCACCGCUCGUGGCUUGCCCAAAUCAAAGCAGACCCCAGCCUAUUCGAUACCGUACCUGCUCCUUCCAAGAAUUCUCCCCAGGCCCAAAAAGAUCUGAAAUCAUACUUCAACAGCAAGCCACCCAGCCCACCCGCAGAAAAGCAAUUUGCCAGCGAAGAGGAGAGAAAGCGUAUCCGUGAUCUCUGGCCUGCGGGCCACGACGCCGCUGUCAAACGCCUCAACCACUUUCUCACAGAAAAGAUCGAGGACUACGCAAACACUCGCUCCAAUCCAGCAAAGGACUCAACCUCCCGAAUGUCCGCAUACUUCGCCGCGGGCGUGAUCUCCAUGCGAGAGACCCUCAGGGCGGUCAGCAAAGCCAACAAAAGUUCUGCAGAUUUCUCCCAAAACGGCGCUGGCUUCGGCAUUGCCUCAUGGGUGCGCGAGCUGGUGUUCCGAGAACUUUACCGGCAAACGACUCUGACGACACCGCAUACGGCGAUGAAUCUUCCCCAGAACCUCAAAUUCGACUUUGUGCACUGGGAAGAGGACGAAGAAGGCUAUGAUCGCUGGGAGAAGGGGACUCUGGGUAUACCCUUCGUCGAUGCCGGCAUGCGCCAGAUCGCGCAUGAAGCCUACAUGCACAAUCGUCUACGUAUGAACGUCUCAAGCUACCUGUACUGCAACCUGCUCAUCGACUAUCGACGUGGCGAGCGGUAUUUUGCAGAAACUCUGAUCGAUUGGGAUUUGAACAACAAUACACAAGGCUGGGAGCCGAGUUACACGGUCUUCAACCCCAUAACUCAAGCCGAGAAGAAUGAUCCUGAGGGUGAAUAUAUCCGCAAAUGGAUCCCGGAGCUGAAGGACGUCAAGGGCAAGGCGGUCUUCGACCCAUAUCAUAGACUGUCGACGGAGGAGUUCGAGAAGCUAGGAUAUCCGAAGCCCUAUGUUGACUGGAAAACGACGAAACAGCGUGCAAUCGAGCGGUUUAAAUCCGACAUGAAAGAUGCUGAGCCUUGA